UUAAAAAAAGGAAAGAAAACAAAAGCUGGUUCUUCUUUCUCUCUGAAUUUCAACUUUCUUGGAAACCAAAAAUCCCUUUUGUCAGAACAUUUCUUUACCAUUGUCGUCUUCUUCUUCAUUCUCUCUGCUACAUCACCAUCAUCAUCUUCUUCUUUUGCUCUGUUUCGCUUCAUAUGUUGUUUUCACAGUUUCAUCACUCAUCACUGAUUCAUCAUCUGCUUCACUGAUCGAGUAUGUCUUUGAUCAUUCUCUGAACUUCCUCGAUCGAGCUCAAUUUCAAUCGGAGAAUCUAGAGUUAUUUAAGGAAGAAUGUCUUUGGCAUCCAAGGCACUUCCUGCUCUUCAUCCUAUCAAAUCUUUGCCUCCUGGUUUCAAGGUUAAUGGUAAUCUGACCCGUGAUCUAAUGGAAAGCCGGGGAGAUGCUAAAUUGAGAAGCAGUGGUUUGGUUGGAUCAAGUAGUCCUGAAAAUGAUGCUGUGAUCAGAGAUGUUUCUGAAGAAUCUCGAGACCAUGCAGGAGGUAUGAGUCUUUUCAAUGAAGAUCUAGCAUAUAGUGGAAAAGCUGUAUUAUUCGAAGACAGGGCAUCUAUUGCUGAUGAAGACUUGGAAUCUGUUCCUCUUCCCUUCCAAACAAUUUCAGUGUCUUCUACGGAAUCGAGGUGGAGUGAUACAACACCUAGUGUUUCAAAGAAGAAAAUUCAGUCUUGGUUUCAACUUCCAAAUGGGAAUUGGGAGCUGGCAAAGAUAAUAACAACUUCUGGAACAGAGUCAGUUAUUUCAUUGCCUGAUGGGAAGGUUUUAAAAGUGAAACAAGACAGUUUGGUAUCAGCAAAUCCUGAUAUUCUUGAUGGAGUGGAUGACCUCAUGCAACUUAGUUAUUUGAACGAACCAUCAGUUUUAUACGAUCUACAAUAUAGAUACAAUCAAAAUAUGAUUUAUACAAAAGCGGGGCCCGUUUUGGUUGCUAUAAAUCCUUUCAAGAAAGUUCCUCUGUAUGGUAACAAUUACAUUGAAGCCUACAAGCGUAAAGCAACUGAAAGCCCUCAUGUAUAUGCAAUUACAGACCGAGCCAUCCGAGAAAUGAUACGAGAUGAAGUCAAUCAAUCUAUAAUUAUAAGUGGUGAGAGUGGAGCUGGGAAGACUGAGACAGCAAAGAUAGCAAUGCAGUACUUGGCUGCUCUUGGAGGUGGAAGUGGAAUAGAGUAUGAGAUAUUGAAGACUAAUCCAAUACUAGAAGCCUUUGGUAAUGCAAAAACUUUGAGAAAUGACAACUCAAGUCGUUUUGGAAAGCUCAUUGAGAUUCACUUCAGUGAAACUGGAAAAAUUUCUGGUGCUAAUAUUCAAACAUUUUUGCUUGAAAAGUCUAGAGUAGUUCAAUGCAAUGAAGGGGAAAGGUCAUAUCAUAUAUUUUAUCAGUUAUGUGCUGGUGCACCACCAUCUCUUCGAGAGAAGCUCAACCUACAAAAUGCAGAAGAUUAUAAAUAUUUGAAGCAGAGCAAUUGUUAUUCAAUUACUGGUGUUAAUGAUGCAGAAGAAUUUCGCAUAGUCAUGGAAGCUCUGGAUGUUGUCCACAUCAGUAAAGAAGACCAAGAGACUGUAUUUGCUAUGCUUGCUGCAGUAUUAUGGUUAGGGAACAUAUCAUUUACUGUCAUUGAUAAUGAAAACCAUGUUCAAGCUGUUGAAAAUGAGGGUUUGUUACACGUCGCUGAAUUGAUUGGCUGUGACAUUGAAGAUCUCAAGUUGACUCUAUCAACUCGUAAAAUGAAAGUCGGUAAUGAUAAUAUCAUCCAAAAGUUGACACAAUCACAGGCAAUUGAUGCAAGAGAUGCUUUGGCAAAGUCUAUAUAUGCAUGCCUGUUUGAUUGGUUGGUUGAACAAAUAAAUAAAUCACUUGCUGUUGGCAAAAGACGUACCGGAAGAUCAAUCAGUAUUCUAGAUAUAUACGGCUUUGAAUCAUUCAAUAGGAACAGUUUUGAGCAGUUCUGCAUAAAUUAUGCAAAUGAAAGAUUGCAGCAACACUUCAAUCGUCAUUUAUUCAAGUUAGAACAGGAGGAAUAUAUUCAAGAUGGCAUUGACUGGGCUAAAGUUGAAUUUGAAGACAAUCAAGAUUGCCUUAAUCUUUUUGAGAAGAAACCACUGGGGUUAUUAUCCCUUCUAGAUGAAGAGUCUACUUUCCCAAAUGGCACGGAUUUGACAUUUGCAAACAAGCUUAAACAGCAUUUAAAUUCUAAAUCAUGUUUCAAAGGAGAAAGAAACCAAGCCUUUACUGUGUGUCAUUAUGCUGGAGAGGUCACUUAUGAUACAACUGGGUUUCUGGAGAAGAAUAGGGACCUAUUGCACUUGGAUUCCAUCCAACUUCUAUCCUCAUGCUCAUGUCAUCUUCCUCAAAUAUUUGCAUCUCAUAUGCUUACACAGUCUGAAAAGCCAGUAGUUGGUCCUUUACACAAGUCAGGUGGGGCAGAUUCCCAAAAGCUAAGUGUUGCAACAAAAUUCAAGGGUCAGUUAUUCCAACUGAUGCAACGCUUAGAGAGCACAACUCCACAUUUUAUUCGCUGCAUUAAGCCCAACAAUCUCCAAUCACCUGAAUCAUAUGAACAAGGGCUUGUACUGCAACAGCUUAGAUGCUGUGGGGUGCUGGAAGUGGUUCGAAUAUCAAGAUCCGGAUUUCCAACAAGAAUGUCUCACCAAAAGUUUGCCAGAAGAUAUGGCUUUCUUCUCUUUGAUAAUGCUGCAUCUCAGGAUCCACUUAGUGAUUCAGUUUCAAUUCUAAAACAAUUUAAUAUUUUGCCCGAGAUGUAUCAAGUUGGCUACACAAAAUUAUUUUUCCGAACAGGGCAGAUUGGUGUGCUUGAAGAUACUAGAAACCGUACACUUCAUGGCAUCUUACGUGUCCAAAGUUGCUUUAGGGGUUACCAAGCUCGUCAAUCUCUCAAGAAGCUUCAAGGAGGAAUCUCAACUUUGCAGUCAUUUAUUCGGGGAGAGAAAACAAGAAAGGCAUAUGCUGCUUUGCUUCAGAGACAUAGAGCUGCAGUUACUAUACAGAAGCAGAUAAAAGCAGUGUUCGUAAGAAACAAAACAAGGCAUAUUAGAGAUGCUACAAUUGUCAUACAAUCAGUCAUUCGUGGAUGGUUGGUCAGAAGAUGCUCAGGGGAUAUUGGAUUUUCGAAAUAUGGGGACAUGAAGACAAAAGAGUCGGAUGAGAUUCUGGUCAAGUCAUCUUUCCUGGCUGAAUUGCAGCGCCGAGUACUAAAGGCUGAAGCUGCCCUGAGAGAGAAAGAUGAGGAAAAUGACAUCCUUAACCAACGUAUCCAACAAUAUGAAAGCAGAUGGUCUGAAUAUGAGUUGAAGAUGAAAUCCAUGGAAGAAGUGUGGCAGAAACAAAUGAGAUCCCUUCAAUCUAGCCUCUCCAUUGCUAAGAGGAGCCUUGCUAUUGAUGAUUCUGAAAGAAAUUCAGAUGCAUCUGUUAAUGCAAGCGAUGAGCGUGAUUACAGCUGGGAUGUGGGAAGUAAUCACAGGCGCCAAGAAAGCAAUGGGACACGAUCAACGAGUGCUAGUUUGAGUGUUAUAAGUCGGCUUGCUGAAGAAUUUGAGCAAAGGAGUCAAGUAUUUGGUGAUGAUGCCAAGUUCUUGGUUGAGGUGAAAUCUGGUCAAGCAGAGGCAAGUUUAAACCCGGAUCAAGAACUUAGAAGGUUAAAGCAAAUGUUUGAAGCUUGGAAAAGGGACUACUCGGGAAGAUUGCGCGAAACAAAAUUGAUUAUAAAUAAGCUUGGAACUGAAGAUGGUGCACUUGAGAAAAUGAGGAAAAAGUGGUGGGGGAGAAGGAACAGUACAAGGAUAAAUUGAUCUCAACUUUUUUACAUUUUAUCUUAUAAUUUGGAUUCAGCUUUGGUUUAUGCACUGUUUCAAGGGCAUUGCCAACAAAAUAUGGGAAAAUGAGGAAAAUACAAUAGGAAAGGUAAAAAAUAGGAGUGAUAGGAAAAGUCCACGGAUGUUGUUAUAUUACUAUUGCUAGCCAUUUUGCUGCAUAAUUUAUCACACCCUUGCAAAUGCUUAGUAAAUGCAAGGUGUGGCUAUCUAAAAUAUAUAUAUGCAUUGGGUCUGAUUUUCCAUGGACCUUUUAUGAGAGAUAGAGAGAGAGCUUUGUAACACCAUAUUAUUGUAUUAUUUUUUGUUUCUAUUUUGGUUGAGCUGUGAAGAGCUAUUAUUAUACUCCAAACCUUAGGGAUUCAUGUAUUCCUUUCUGGAAUGUGAAUUGUAUAUCAAAUAUGUUAUGGAGGCACAAAAAUGUAAACUAGUAAGCAACAUUAUUGGCCCUGCAGAUGUUGUUGUAAAAUAUUGAUUUUUAUAGAAAUUUAAAAGUUUAUAUUCUUGCAAGA